AUGCCGAGCCUCAUCAAUUCGCCGGGAAAGGCUACGCGAGAGCUGGGAGAGAAGCACCGAGACAAGGGGACCGUCAUCGCGGAUGGGACUCAGCUCGUGACGAGGCUCGAACUGGACGAUGAUGCUGAGGCGAAAUGCAAAGACUUCUGGAAUGUCAACGUGCCGGCCUCAGAGCAGACCAAGGACUGUCCGGAUUUCUUGAAAUAUGCCCUCGAGAAUGAGAAGGAUCGGGAAAUUCUGUCCACGCCAGAUGACCAGUACCGGCGACAGAGGUGGCCAGAAGUCCAGCAGCUGAUUCGAGACAAUCGCCUUGACCUCUUCACGAGGGUGCCGAGCGAGCUGAGACUGUACCGGCAGUACUGCGCAAAGCUCAUCCAAGACUAUGGCAGCAUCAUGAAGUUUGUGGUGCAGGAAAGGUUGCAUUGGGAGCAUAUGGCUUCAUCGUCAGCGCCUUUCAGCGAUCCGAGUAGCCAUACCCUGCAGCAACCUUGAGCGCACCGGAUUGUUGCUGACGAGGGCCACAGGUGAGUACAAAAUCCUAUACAACGACUGGCCAUACGGGGUCGAUGAGCGCAUCGUCCAUCUCGUAGUCUGGACGAAAUUCGAACUGCCAGCAGAUCCACGAUCGGAGCUUGGCGACAUGUCUCCCGAGACCAGACAGCUCGUGAACGACUGGGUGAAUGAGACAUUCACCAGCAAAUGCGGCCAGGAGAACGUGAUCUGGUUCAAGAAUUGGGCUGGCCUGAAGAGCAUCCAUGCCGUGGAGCACUUCCAUGUGAUGCUCUUCAAUCCGGACAUGGACUUUGUGAGGGAGAUCACGAAUGACGACGUGCCACUGUUCCUCAAGGUGAAGCGCGCGAAAGUGGUUCCCAGAUGA